GCAGCGGAAGUGCUGCUACGUCACGUCCGGUUCCGGCAGCCCGCGGCUUCGCCGGCGCGCCGGGAUGCAGCUGCCGCCCGCGCUGCACGCCCGCCUGUUGGCGGGGCCCGGGGCAAGUGAGCCGCUCCCCGUGGAGCGGGACCCCUCGGCCGGGGCCGCCCCCUUCCGCUUUGCGGCGCGUCGGGUGCGCUUCCCGCGGGAGCACGAGUUCUUCGAGGACGGGGACGUGCAGCGGCACCUCUACCUCCAGGAUGUGCUCACGCAGGUGGCCUGGGCGCCCGAGAGGCCCAGGGUGCCCGAGUUCACCUGUCAGGUGGCGGGCUGCUGCCAGGUGUUCGACGUCCUGGAGGCCUAUGAGCACCACUACCACACUCUGCACAGAAAUGUGUGCUCCUUUUGCAAGAGGGCCUUCCCCUCGGGACACCUGCUGGACAUCCACAUCCUGGAGUGGCACGACUCCUUGUUCCAGAUCCUGUCUGAGAGGCAAGACAUGUAUCAGUGCCUGGUGGAAGGCUGCACAGAGAAGUUCAAGACCAGCAAAGACAGGAAGGAUCACCUGGUGAGACGUCACCUCUACCCUGCAGACUUCCGCUUUGAUAAACCAAAGAAAAGCAGGGGCCCAGGCCUGCCUGCCGCUGCCUUGCCGGAGCCGGCAGAAACCCUGCCAGAGGGCGGCCAGCAGUCAGAAGGGGAUGACAUGGAAGUCUGCUCUGAACACAUGGCGACCCCCCUAGAACCCAGGGGUGAGAGGCGGACCCUCGGCCACAGGAUACCUUCGACCAUCUGUUUUGGUCAAGGUGCAGCACGAGGAUUUAAAAGCACCAAGAAAAGAAAUAAACAGCAUUGAUGACCAAGACACAGACCCUGCAGGCCUGAGAGCAGUCCUGAAGUGGGACAGGUGCCUUUUGUGGACAUGGUGUCAGUGGUCAGCUCUGUUCCUUGCCUUCUGGUGUGGCUACCUCAGGACCAGGCCUCUGCUACCCUCUGUGUCUCAGUCCCCUGGGGAAUGGCCGAUGACGCCAGUAGCCAUUGUCAGCAGUGAGAGACACACGGAUUCCCGGGACGACCCUGACUCAUGCUCCGGUGCCUGAGAUGUGCAGACCUGCCGGGCUUCCUCUGCAGGAGCUACCCUACGAAUGUCAUUUAUAAGCAUGUAAAGCAAAGGUUUUUCAUUAA